CUUACAUUCGUAGGAAUGAUGGGUGGCUGAAGUUUUUGCCUUCAUUCAGCCAUUGCCCUCCCUGGUCAGGUUACUUCUUACUUCUUGCGUUAAUCCCGAUUAUGAACAUAUGGGUAGUGCUUAUGUAUGUUCAACAAUCUCCUUCUCAGUUCGCUUUCGUCUCUGCUCCCGCCCAAAAUAGGAUGAAUCGAUCCAGCUUUGUGCUCAUUUUUGUUUGCCAAGUCUUUUUUUGUUUGGUUUUAUUGGUCUUGAGCUUUACCUACUUGCCUUCGAUCAUGAUGCAUGUGAUCAGACACGAAUUGGUUAUCAAGGAAGGCUCCACUUUCUUCAACUAUUGGAGUAAGCCCCCCUUAAAUCCCGAGAUGCGCGUGUACCUAUUCAACUACACCAAUGUGGAACGCUGGAUGAAUGGAACGGAUGACGUGUUCCACGUUGAAGAAGUGGGGCCUUUUGUCUACGAGGAAGAAUGGCGAAAGACGAAUGUGACGUUCCAAGACGAGGAGCGUCUUGUCAGUUAUGACUUGUUGAAGGUGUUCCAGUUUCAAAGUGACAGGUCGCAUGACGACCCCCACUCGAAUACCAUUAGUAUUCCCAAUGUUCCCUUUUUGUCGGCUAGUGCAAUUCUCAAAAAUUCGGGAAUGCUCUCCGUAAUGGGCUUUCAAAGUGCAUUGGGAACAUUGGAACACGUUCCCGAAGUGUUUGUGUCCCACAGUGCCCAUGAGAUCCUUUGGGGAUACGAUGAUCCAUUAGUGGAUCUGGCCUCAGUGUUCCUGCCCGACGAGAUCCGUGUUCCAGGCCAAUUUGGCUUGUUCUUGGGUAAAAAUGGAACUAGCGAUGGACGAAUCUCCGUUCAGAGUGGAAAAUGGAACUACAAACAAGCGGGCCAUGUACAGAAAUGGAAGGGUUUGGACCACUUUUCGGUUUGGAACACAGACAAGUGCAAUCAAGUUUCUGGUUUCGAAGGAAUGAUGUUCCCAGGUCCCAUCGUGCCAAACGAGCCAUUGGCACUAUUUGUGCCUGAUUUGUGCCGAAGUAUUCCCCUCGUGUUCCAAGAAGAUGUUGAACACUAUGGAAUGAAAACUUUACGUUUUGGACCCCAUCCAGAUGUAUUCAACUACGCUCACGAUGAGAAUAAGUGCUAUUGUGAUCCAAGAACUUUGACCAAGCCAGAAAUGGAGCAGUGGGCAAUUGAUUUUGGUUCCAUGGGACAAUUUGAUUUAUCCACGAUCAAUGUGCCAUGUGUGGGUCAAGGUCUAUUCGAUGUCAGUCCCUGUAAAUUUGGAGCUCCAUUAGUCGUAUCUUGGCCUCAUUUCCUGGGGACAGACUCAGAUUUGGUUCCCACAAUAACAGGUCUCCAUCCCAGCGAGACUCUGCAUUCCUUUUCCAUGGAUUUUCAUCCCGACCUCGGCCUCGGCCUUCACGCCAAGAUCCGGCUUCAGAUCAAUAUUAGGAUCCACGCCAAUCCCAACCUAGAACAAUUCAAAAACGUCCCAGCCUCCUUUGAUGGAAUGGUAUUGCCAAUCAUGUGGUUUGAGGCCACUGUGGACGAUCUUCCCGAUGAACUCGUGAACCUUUUGCACACCUCCAUGUCCUUGGGUUCUCAGAUAUCCCAUGGUUUGACCUGGAUUCUCGUUCUGACGCUUUCCUUGGAACUGGGUCUCUUCUAUGCGUAUCCAAGGUGGAAGACUGGACGGAAAAUGCAUGCUUCGUUCGAGUUCGACACCUAAUUCUACCUGUAGUGUG